CGAUGAUGCCUCUAACCCACCAUCCCUUCAAUCUCAUCCCAAGAAUAGUGAAGACUCAACCAGAUUCCACGGCUCUCAUCUUCGAUCUCCUCAUCUCCACCUACGUCCGAUCCCAAAAACCCGACCCCGCCGCCUUCUACCUCGACCGCAUGCUCCGUCUCGGUCUCAACCCCAAGACCCGCACCUUCAACAACCUCCUCCACCUCCUCCUCGCCUCCCAUCGCUUCCCGGAGGCCCGCACCCUCUUCCAACAAGCCCGAGGCCGGCUCCAGUUGGACAGCCACAGCUUCGGCAUCAUGAUCCGAGGCCUCUGCAAUGCCGGAGAGCUCGGCGAGGCUUCGGAGUUGUUGGCCCAGUUCGACGAGAGUGGCGAGCCACCCAAUGUGGUCUUGCAUACUACUUUGAUUGACGGAUUCUGUAAAAAUGGCGACUUGGACCAGGCAAAGAAGUUGUUUGCCAGAAUGAGAGAGAUCGGUUUGAUUCCGAAUGCGUUCACCUACACUACAAUGAUGAACGGGCACUUCAGAAAGGGCCUUAGAAACGAUGGGUUUCAACUCUAUGAUGAGAUGAAACGAGAAGGUAUACCGCCCAAUCUUUACACAUAUAAUUCAUUGAUAUGUGAAUGCUGUAAAGAUGGAAGUUUUGAUCUUGCGUUUAAUCUGCUCGACGAAAUGCGUGAGAAUGGAGUUUCGUGUAAUGUCGUGACGUAUAAUGCAUUAAUUGGCGGGAUGUGUAAGCAGAAGAAACUGCGAGAUGCUGAGAAGUUGUUCGGGGGAAUGAGACGGGAUGGAUUGAGGCCGAGUUUGGUUACGUUUAACCUACUUAUUGAUGGGUAUUGUAAAGCAGGGAAGAUAUCGAAUGCUUUGGAUGUAUUGGCUCAGAUGAAGGCAACCGGCUGUACUCCGAGUAUUGUUACAUAUAAUGUGCUCAUUGCUGGGUUUUCUCGGGCUGGGGAUUUGGUGGGGACUGCCAAGGCUUACAAAGAAAUGAAGGAGAGGGGCUUAGCUCCUACCAAAAUAACUUAUACUAUUCUUGUCGAUGCUUUUGCUAGAAGGAAUGAUAUGGAGAGGGCAUUUGAGAUGUACCAGUCCAUGGAAAGAGCUGGCCUGGAGGUUGAUGUUUACACCUACGGUGUUCUGAUUCGAGGGCUGUGUUCUGAAGGUAAUAUGAAGGAUGCAUGGAAGUUGUUCAAGUUGAUGAGGGAGAAGGCACUGAAGCCGAGCAACGUGAUCUAUGACAUGAUGAUUUAUGGGUAUUGUAGGGAAGGCAGCACAUACCGGGCUCUGAGAUUGCUUAGGGAAAUGAGGGGGAAUGGAUUGGUCCCUAAUGUUGCUAGUUACAAUGUAAGCAUUCGUGUUCUGUGCAAUGAGGGGAAGUGGCAAGAAGCUGAGGUUCUGCUUAAUGAGAUGCUGAUAUCUGGACAUCAACCAAGUGAGUCCAUCUAUAAAGUACUGUCAGAUGCCAAGCUCAAGUGCCCAUAAACACUUCAUAAGGUUUCUGAUGAACAAGCAAAGGCAAUCCAUGCACAGAUCAUAGAUUGACAGGACAAGCAAAAGGGAUUCAAGUGACAGUUGGUGGCAGCAAUCAGCAUCAAUAACCAUCGAGCUGAUUGCAGCAUUGUUAGGUUAGUAGGUUGUGAGCCUUUGCUAAAGAAUGCAGAAUCAAGCAAUAUUAACUGAUGCAGGCUCUUUCCUGUCACAUGCUUCAGAAGAAAGCUGAUGUCUACUUGCAUGUGAUCAAUCCAUUUUAAGAUGGCCCACGAUACUUAAUUUUUUUGAAAGAAAUUUGGAUUCCUUCCAGUUGGAUGACUGUAGAAGAAUACCCAGUCCAUGUUAUGUAGAACCUGCAUUUUGACUGACAACAGUACAUCGCAAGAUAUUAAAGGUAUCAUUCACAUUUCUGGAUUGCAGAUGACAUGCUAAUUGAUUCAAGCUCUUCUCGUCAUGCAAUCUGCUGUCUACUUGAAUAUAAUCAAUCCAUUUUAAGAUAAAAAUUGAUAUUUAACUCUUGGAAGACAAUAUAGUUACUUUUCCAUUGGAUGGCUAUAGAACACCCACUAAACUUUAUUCAGAAGCUGCAUCUUAACAGCUGCGUAUUGCAAAGAUAUCAUAUACAUUAGUGAAUUGCAGAUGGUACCGUAUACAGGCCAUGGACAGAAGGAUUGAAGUUUGUAGAUUAAGUGAACCAGAGGUGCUCAAGCUCUGCUGGGUUUUCAAGUCGAUAAUAUAGUUUGGUGGGUCUGGAGAUCUGAGAAUGCACAAACCAACUGGUGACAAUUGAAUAGAUGCUCAAGUAUUUCUAAAUGCAGAAUGUGACUUUAAGGAAGGUAGAUGAGGUAGUAAAUAAACCAACUGUAGUGGUUCCUGUUGCUGUUGGAAACCAUACUACAUCUUUGUCAUAUGACACUUGUGUGGAGGGUACUUCUGGCAUUUUCUUAUUGGGAGCUUGAUUGUUUGGUUAUCAGAUGGACACAGUUUGAUAUCAAAUCUUCAGGCUAUUCAACUUCUCUGAUAUUUUGAAAUACAGCUCAACUCAAAUAAGCCCUAGUCCCAAACUAGUUGGGGUCUGCUACAUGAAUCCUUUUCCUCUAUUCUUUGAUAUUUUGUAAUAAAGAUGUCAAAUUAAUAUGGCCUGGAUGAUCGAGAGGAGGGUCUAGAUUGGCAGACAAUGACUGGCAUUUGAAAGACUAGAUGGUCCAUUUGGCUAAUAUCAGAAGUGGAUUUCAGAGAAUUGCACAUUACCGGUUGUCGUUCUUAUGCAGUCAAAUGCAGAAACAGAUUAUUUCUUAUCUAUUGAACAUGUAGUGACCUGAUGAAUGGGAACACUUUUGCAGACUGUGACUUCCACUUGCUAUAAUCAUCUUGAGAGAUUUGCACAAUCACCAUCUUACAUGCUUCAUGAACAGCAAAACUAGAUGCCAAAUUAUUUGGUUUCACAUUCACAGGACUGGAUACAUGUCUCCUCAUGAGUUCCAAAAGUUCACUACAGAAGUUUUCCAAACAAUACCUUGUUAUUACGCUGGAGAAAAAACAACUAACAUG